UUUGAUUAGGAAAAUAGUUCCAAGUGCAAACUGUGGUUUAUCAUUCACAGUUGCUCCAGACUCUUUUCAAUCAGCUAACUUGUGUACGAUUCUUCCCACCAGCCCCCUAACUGUAUUUAUGAAAUUUAGUCGUGAAUUUACACGAGCCAGCUAUUCCUGACCGCAGAUAACUAUUAACUGAACUUCUGUUUUUUUUGGGGUUUUUUUUUCGUUUUGUCGAAAAUGAUUUUUUUUUUAAAUACAAGGUCAUGAAAAAAUUCGUGUAAAAAUGAUGACAAAUUAAGUCAUGUAACAGAAGAUGAUAUUUACUAUCGAGUCGAUGUACUCCCUGCGUGUAUAUAUCUUCCGUAAGAAGGAAGGAUAAAGUUGAUUCGAGUGUUUGUUGGCCAACCAUGAAUUUAUUCUUUCCUACUUUCUUUACAUUGUAUGCAUUGACGGGCCCCCUAAUUCGGGUCAGAGAAGAGAACUUCUCCCAAGUUAAAAAUGAAAUGUUCGGCAUUCUCUCUCUGCAUCAUAGGACAAGUGAAAAUGAAACCUGUGGUUUGGGGGUUGUCUGUUUAUGGAUUGCUGCCUUGCUGUCGUCUUUACUUAAUUCAUUAUAUCACUAACUUUGCUUCUUUGUUUCCACCGUUCGAUCUAACCCAGGAAAUUUGAAGUGUAAAUUCAUUCUCUUUCGUAAAGCUUUUCCAGUUGAAGCCACUUUUGUCAUGUUCAAUUGCGAUCUCUUCACCGGCGAAUUAGGUUCAUGAUGGCAACUUGAUAGCAAUUUUAUCAGUUGCUUCAGUGUAUGGGUUGGAAUAAAUGAAGCCCCAGCUCGAAGUUGUUUUCUCUUUUGUAAUUUGCUUGAUCUUGCUUCGAUCCUCACUUUGUGAUCAACAAUCUGAUACUUCUGGCCAUAGCAAGUGGGUAUGUAGAUGUUCUUUCCAAGGGAACCAGGACUCUAUUGCGAACUGUUCUACAUCCUGCGAUUGCCGUUCAGAUGCCAAAGAGAGUGGAUCUAAAUGGACAUGCAUAUGUGAUCCCAACGGGUUUCCUAAAGUGGCAGUAGAUGGCCAUAGUCCUCAUUGCUUUACAGCCUGCAAGUGCACCUGGGGAUCUCUCCCCAUGUCACAAGAUUCAAAGAAACAUAUAUCCAGCAAGAUUAUAAUAGUCAUUCUAUUAGUAUGUGUUGCAUGUACAACAGUUGCAUUUCUUGCCUCGUUCACAUGCUAUGUCUUCUGGAAGGACCGAUGUCCUAUUCAAUCGCCAAUGAUCUCAUCAGAUAAGGAAACAAGUUGCAAUAGCACCACCAACUUAAUUAGUAACGGGACUUCUUCGGUGCUAGAAACAAAAAUUGCCAUAAAUUCGCCCGUUAAUCAUAUUACAGGGUGCUUUAAAAAGGCCUCUUUCUUGUUUGGGAGCAGAACAGAAACUUUUCAAGGCAAAAUUAUUCAAUUUUCAUUUGCUGAAUUGGAAAAUGCAACUGAAAACUUUUCAGCUUCCAAUCUUAUUGGACUUGGUGGAAGUAGCUAUGUAUAUCGUGGUCAGCUGAAAGAUGGCAGUGAUGUGGCAAUUAAGCGACUAAAAUCUCAAGGAGGGCCUGAAGCUGACUCUGUAUUUUUGACAGAGAUUGAACUAUUAUCUAGGCUCCAUCAUUGCCAUCUUGUGCCUUUACUUGGAUACUGUUCAGAACUAAAAGGCAAACAUGUUGAAAGGUUACUAGUGUUUGAGUAUAUGGCCAAUGGCAAUUUGAGGGACUGUUUGGAUGGAGUUUCUGGAGAAAUUAUGGGUUGGGCUACUCGGGUAACAAUUGCAAUAGGAACGGCAAGAGGCUUGGAAUAUCUCCAUGAGGCUGCUGCUCCAAGAAUUCUGCACAGAGAUGUCAAAUCGACUAACAUUCUUCUGGAUGAAAAUUGGCAGGCAAAAAUAACUGACCUUGGUUUGGCUAAAAACUUGAGAGUUGAUGAUCCCCCAAGCUGUUCCAAUUCUCCAGCUAGAAUGCAGGGGACGUUUGGCUAUUUUGCACCUGAGUAUGCAAUUUUUGGAAGAGCGUCUUGCAAGUCUGAUGUCUUUAGUUUUGGGGUGGUUCUUCUUGAGCUCAUGAGUGGUCGGCAGCCUAUCCAUAAAUCCACCAGCAAGGAAGAAAGCCUAGUCAUAUGGGCUACACCUCGCUUGCAAGAUAGUAGGCGAGUAAUAACAGAGUUGGCGGAUCCACAGUUGAAGGGAAACUUCCCCGAAGAAGAGGUGCAGAUAAUGGCGUACUUAGCCAAGGAGUGUCUGCUGUUGGAUCCUGAUGCUAGGCCAACUAUGAGUGAAGUUGUUCAAAUCCUUUCAACUAUAUCACCCGAUAAACCUAGGAGGAGAAUAAACAUUCCAGUGAGCCUUUUUCAGGAUCCUCAGGAUGCAGAAAAUAAAAUGCAAGCUCCAUCUAGUAAGUCUUCGGAUCAAAAUUCAUUGCCAUUAGGUAUUAACCAAAAUCUUAUUGUUGAGAACAAAAAGGAAGGAGCAGAAACAGUUUCAGCUUCUAUGGAGAGAGUGAUCCUCUUGACUUCUAAAAUAGAGGGUUGGCAUGGAUCAGAUGAUGAAACGGUAGACCUUACUGAGCCUCGGUUUGAAUCAUUCUGCCUGACAAACAGCAAUUCUCUUUGAAAAUUUACACCUUCCAAUGGGACAUCUUACAGAAAGCGACUUGGUUUUGACUUUUAAGAACUUCUUCAUCUUAAUUUUUCCACGCUUAUAAAAGAAGGAUAGCGCGUAGCGGUGUGCUGUUAGGGAAGCGCAGAAAUAUAUUUAUGGUUUUCUUGUGUUGUACAGAAAAGCAUAGGAGAUUCCGAUUCUGCUUUAUUUGGAGAGGAAUCGGAGGAGAUGCCUCAUACAAGCACAGCAAAGGUUUAUAGUUUGAUUUUGGUCAUAGGAACUUGUAUAUUGAAAUGAUGUAUUUGUUUUGAUAGAAGAAGGAAUGAGAUUCGGGAGGACACCGCAUCCCCAAAUCAGAAAAUGCGACGAGGUUCUCACAA